CCGCCUGCUUUCGGGCUUGGGGAGGGAGCAGAGCCGCGCAGAGCGCACCGAACCCGGCCCGAGCCAGGCGCAGCCUCGCCAAGCGCGCAGCGGUCCCGGCCAUCGCUCCCCCGGGAGCAUUCUGGGUCAUGAAACUUAAUCCCCAGCAAGCUCCGUUGUAUGGUGACUGCUUGAUCUCUGUAUUGCUCACCAAAGACGACAGCGUGGAAGGUGACGAUGUAGUUUUUUAUCUUGUGUUUACUGGGUCUGCUAUCCAACACUGUACAAGCACCAGGAAGGUCACGGCGGGGACGUUAGAGACGAUUGCUCCUGGCCACGACUGCUGUGAGACGGUGAAAGUCUCUCUCUGCGCAGCCAAGCAAGGCUUCCCUGCUCUGGUGGUGGCUGAGGGCAGCUUUCAGUUUGUGCAGGACGAAGCUUACGAUGCCGCUCAGUUCUUAGCCACCUGUGCGGGCAACCAGCUAGCUCUGAACUUCACACGGUUCCUGGACCGGUCCAGACCCCCUUCUGGAGAUGUGGACUUCCUCGACGAGAAAGUGGCCCUGGCUUUCCGUCACCUGAAGUUGCCAGCGGGGUGGAAUGUCCUGGGAGCAGAUCAUAUCCGAGAUGAGAAUGUUCCCCGGGAGACGUUGAUGCAUUUUGCAGUGAGGCUGGGUCUUCUGCGUUUGACAUGGUUCCUCUUACAGCAGCCGGGGGGAAGAGGCUCCCUCAGCGUCCCCAAUAGGGAAGGAGCUACACCCGUCAGUCUGGCCUUGGAGAAGGGCUAUCACAAGCUACAUCAGCUUCUGACACAAGAGGAAGCCAGUGAACCAGAUUCCUGGGGCACGUUGUCUCACACCAUACAUUCUGGAGAGUAUUGCGUGAAGUACCACCGGGGUGUGAACGUUUACACUCUGACAGUCGAAGUGAAACGAGGAACUGGGUCUAGUAUGGAGGAUAACAUAAGCUGCCUCCGAGCCUAUAUCCAGAGCAGUCAACUGACGAAUAUGAGCGAGCACCCACAUCCUCCACCGGAGAGUGCUUCAAAGGGCUGUUCUUCGAACACGGAAGGCCUCACAUCUGCUACAAACAAUGAUAUUAAAGCAGGAAGUGGAGCAGGUCCGUCUUCUCCGGCGAGUCUUGACGCGAUGCUGAUCUUAGUUCCCGCCUGCCCCAAGGAGAAGAGCUGCAGGCAGCCCAAAGACCGCUCGAGCACGCUGCAAAGUUUGGAGAACCUGCAGGUCGCAGAAGAACCGGAGUUGUCUUCUCGCAAUCAAAACAAAGCCAGCUUGCUUCACAAAGAGGAGCCACCCUCUGCUGUAAAUUCUUGGGUAAUACCGGAAAUCAGUGACAGCCAGCAUAGUUCAGGGGCUGGAACUGAGGGUGCCGCGGAACUCCCAUACUGUGCAGUGAAGCAAAAGGUUGUUGGAAUGAACUCCCCCAGUCUUGGGUUGGAGGAAGGGAAUCUGGGUGAACGGCAUAAUUUCCACCAGGAAGUAGAAACGGUUGAAGAAAGAACUACUGGAAGUGCUCACUAGGCUUGCUUCCACCAUGAUCCUGAU